AUGCCUCUGACGAACAUAUUAGAGGUGGAGAUAUUUGACGUUUGGGGCAUCGACUUUAUGGGGCCCUUCCCACCAUCCUUCGGUAACAGGUACAUUCUGCUUGCUGUCAAUUAUGUUUCAAAAUGGGUAGAGGCAGUCCCUCUUCCAACCAAUGAUGCGAAGGUGGUGGUGAAUUUUGUGCGAAAGAAUAUAUUCGCGAGGUUUGGAACUCCACGGGCUAUGAUCAGCGAUGGGGGUGCCCACUUCUCCAACAGCCUGCUGAAGAACCUUCUGGCGAAAUAUGGGGUGAAGCAUAAGAGGAAGGAUUGGGCAAUGAAGUUGGAUGACGUUUUAUGGGCUUAUCGCACAGCAUAUAAAACCCCCAUCGGAGCUUUUCCUUACAGGUUAGUCUAUGGGAAGUCAUGUCAUUUGCUGGUUGAGCUAGAGCACAAAGCAUAUUGGGCAAUCAAAAAGCUAAAUCUUGAUAUGAGCUUGGUCGGAGAGAAGAGGCUGUUGCAGCUGCACGAGCUUGAUGAAUUCAGAUCGGGGGCGUAUGAGAAUGCAAAGCUGUACAAGGAGAAAACAAAGCGAUGGCAUGACAAGCAUAUACAACAUCGUGAAUUCGCCCUAGGGCAGCAGGUACUACUCUUCAACUCUAGGAUGCGGUUAUUUCCGGGAAAGCUUAAGUCCCGAUGGUCUGGCCCAUUUGUGGUGUCAAAAAUCACACCCCAUGGGGCCGUCGAAAUACAAACUACGGAUGAGGUGCCCAAGUUCUUGGUCAAUGGGCAGCUCCUCAAGCGAUAUUGGGGCAAAAAUUUUGACAAGGAAAAGGAGCAAGUGCUACUCGAUGACUAG